CAGUUUUAGGUUAGAAACGAUUGUGUAAUGUCAACUUGUAAACAGCAAUUUUCGCAUUACCGACUAAAAGUUUCACAAUAUUUUCACAUUAAUAAAUUUUACCAGAAGUAAAGGUGUACAUUAUCGAUUUUUACACAAAACAACGAACUGAAACAUGGCGAAAUAUUUGGCGCAGAUCAUUGUGCUUGGCGGGCAAGCUAUUGGCCGUGCAUUUGCGAAAGCGCUGAAGCAAGAAAUAGCGGCAUCACAGGAGGCUGCACGUCGUGGCGGUGGUGGACAGCAGGGAGAAAAACGUGCGGAAGCUAAUGCGCGAACUGGCAUGACAUUGGAAGAGGCCAAACAAAUAUUGAAUGUGGACGAUUUAAAGGAUCUGCAGAAAGUUAUUAAAAACUAUGAACACUUGUUUGCGGUGAAUGAAAAAGCGAAAGGCGGUUCCUUUUAUAUACAGUCAAAAGUGUUUCGUGCAAAGGAACGUAUUGAUCAUGAGUUGAAACAACAAAUGGAUGCGGCACGGUCAAAACAAAGUGAAACGUGAUGAGGUGCAAUGCUAUUGUGAUGAAAAUAAUUAACAAUUGCGCAUAAUUAUUUGAUAUCUAUAAAUAGGUUAAUUUUUCUAGAAUUAAUGUAACGUAAGCAGUAAAAGAAAAUAUUUGAAAUUGCGACGAAAGAAAAAAACGAAUGACAGUAAAUACAACGUAGAACAAAGCACGAGCUAAAAAUGCAGGAGAUCAGUGCGCUUUCCAUGCUUUUUGUAUAACGAUCAAAGGCAUUGUAAAUAAGAAAAUGUUAGUUUAGAAAUAAAACUUGAAUUUAUUUUAAGAUUUUGCAAAUAAGUAGCUGGAAGACAUUAAGUUCCUUUGUAAAGUGUAUAGCGCGGUUGACUAACAGCAUCUCCUGCUUUCAAACAAAGUCUUUAAAGUGCGAGCAUGUCUUGCAUAAAAAUAUAUUUGAACUUGUUGAAACUUAAAAAAUAUGUGUAAACAUUAAUAAAAAAUUUUUUUUAUUAAAAAA